UGCUCAGUGGCCCGGCAGGUGGGGCCGCCGCAAGACGCCAGGUCUGGAGGUAGCCGAGGGGCGGGGGCAAAGGCUAGUAAGUGGGCGGGGGCCACUGCCCGGACGCCAGAGUCGCGGAGGCCCCCGGGUGUCUGCCUGGUGUGAUUCCCCCGCGGCCCGGGCGGGAUGAGCUAUGGCAUCUGUCAAGGUGGCCGUGAGAGUCCGGCCCAUGAAUCGCAGGGAAAAGGACUUGGAGGCCAAGUUCAUUAUUCAAAUGGAGAAAAGCAAGACAACAAUCACAAACUUAAAGAUACCAGAAGGAGGGACUGGGGACUCAGGAAGAGAACGCACCAAGACCUUCACCUAUGAUUUUUCUUUUUAUUCUGCUGAUACCAAGAGUCCAGAUUACAUUUCACAAGAAAUGGUUUUCAAAACCCUGGGCACAGAUGUCGUGAAAUCUGCAUUUGAAGGUUAUAAUGCUUGUGUCUUUGCAUAUGGGCAAACUGGAUCUGGAAAGUCAUACACUAUGAUGGGAGAUUCUGGUGAUUUGGGCUUAAUACCUCGGAUCUGCGAAGGGCUCUUCAGUCGGAUAAAUGAAACCACCCGAUGGGAUGCAGCCUCCUUUCGGACUGAAGUCAGCUACUUAGAAAUUUACAAUGAACAUGUGAGAGACCUGCUGAGGCGGAAGUCAUCUAAAACCUUCAAUUUGAGAGUCCGAGAGCAUCCAAAAGAAGGACCUUAUGUUGAGGAUUUAUCCAAACAUUUAGUACAGAAUUAUGGUGAUGUGGAAGAACUGAUGGAUGCGGGAAAUAUCAACCGGACCACAGCAGCGACUGGGAUGAACGAUGUCAGUAGCAGGUCUCAUGCCAUCUUCACCAUCAAGUUCACUCAGGCAAAGUUUGACUCUGAAAUGCCAUGUGAAACUGUGAGUAAGAUCCACUUAGUUGAUCUUGCUGGAAGUGAGCGUGCGGAUGCCACCGGUGCCACGGGGGUCCGGCUGAAGGAAGGAGGGAACAUUAACAAGUCCCUUGUGACUCUGGGAAAUGUCAUUUCUGCCUUAGCUGAUUUAUCUCAGGAUGCAACAAACCCUCUUGUAAAGAAGAAGCAAGUUUUUGUGCCUUACAGGGAUUCUGUUUUGACUUGGCUGCUGAAAGACAGCCUUGGAGGAAACUCUAAAACUAUCAUGAUUGCCACCAUUUCACCUGCUGAUGUCAAUUAUGGAGAAACCCUAAGUACUCUUCGCUAUGCAAAUAGAGCCAAAAACAUCAUCAACAAGCCUACCAUUAAUGAGGAUGCCAACGUCAAACUUAUCCGUGAGCUGCGAGCUGAAAUAGCCAGGCUGAAAACGCUGCUUGCUCAAGGGAAUCAGAUUGCCCUCCUAGACUCCCCCACAGCUUUAAGUAUGGAGGAAAAACUUCAGCAGAAUGAAGCAAGAGUUCAAGAAUUGACUAAGGAAUGGACAAACAAGUGGAAUGAAACCCAAAAUAUUUUGAAAGAACAGACGCUAGCCCUUAGGAAGGAAGGGAUUGGGGUCGUUUUGGAUUCCGAGCUGCCCCACCUGAUCGGCAUUGAUGAUGACCUUCUGAGCACUGGAAUCAUCUUGUAUCAUUUGAAGGAAGGUCAGACAUAUGUUGGUAGAGAAGAUGCUUCAACAGAACAAGAUAUUGUUCUUCAUGGCCUUGACUUGGAGAGUGAGCACUGUGUCUUCGAAAAUGUUGGGGGGACGGUGAUGCUGAUACCCCUGAGUGGGUCCCAGUGCUCUGUGAAUGGUGUCCAGAUCGUGGAGGCCACACAUCUAAAUCAAGGUGCUGUGAUACUCUUGGGAAGAACCAAUAUGUUUCGUUUUAAUCACCCAAAGGAAGCUGCCAAGCUCAGGGAGAAGAGGAAGAGUGGCCUUCUGUCCUCCUUCAGCUUGUCCAUGACCGACCUCUCGAAGUCCUGUGAGAACCUGUCUGCAGUCAUGUUGUACAACCCUGGACUUGAAUUUGAGCGACAACAACGUGAAGAACUUGAAAAAUUAGAAAGCAAGAGGAAGCUCAUAGAAGAGAUGGAGGAAAAGCAGAAAUCGGACAAGGCAGCGCUGGAGCGCAUGCAGCAGGAGGUGGAGACGCAGCGCAAGGAGACCGAAAUCGUCAAGCGUGAGAUUCGCAAGCAAGAGGAGAGCCUCAAGCGCCGAAGCUUCCACAUUGAGAACAAGCUCAAGGACCUGCUGGCCGAGAAGGAAAAAUUUGAGGAGGAGAGGCUGCGGGAGCAGCAGGAGCUCGAGCUACAGAAGAGGAGACAGGAGGAAGAGAGCUUUCUGCAUUGGCUCCAGGAACGCAGUGGCAGCGAGCAGGCUGAGAAGAUGGAGAUAUUCCAGGAGCUGGACCGGCUGCAGCAGGAAAAAGAUGAGCAGUACACCAAGCUGGCCCUGGAAAAGCAGAGGCUGGAGGAGCAGGAGAAGGAGCAGGUGCUGCUAGUGGCACAGCUGGAGGAGCAGCUGCGAGAGAGGCAGGAGCUGGCCCCACUGCAGCGAGGCGAGGUCCUGCGAGCUGAGGAGGAGAAGCGGGAGCUUGAGGGCAUCUUGGCGGCCUUGCUGCGGGCCAGGGAGGUCUCAGCCACAGGGAACAUGGGUGACCAGGGGCCAGAUGUGCGUUUCCUAGAGUUCAAAAGAAGGCAGCUAGUCCACCUGGCCACUGCAGAGCAGGAGCUGGCCCAGCAGGAAGACCGCCUGAGUAAAGAAGUCCAGGAAGAACAGGAAGCCCUGGAGCGCUUACAGUGUGAAAAGAACAGGGAUUCCAGGUUGGUGGCAAAAAAUGAUAGUGGCCCAAGUAUCUCCCAGGUGGCUCAUGAUUUAGAGAAAAUAAAGGCAGCAGAAUGCAGACUGCGGUAUAAAGAAUGCCUGCUACAGGACCUCCUGCAAAAUCACCUGCCAGCUCUGUUGGAAGAAAAGCAGAAAGCACUGGAAGUCCUUGACCAGGGCCCACUCAGCUUGGACAACACUCUGUAUCAAGUAGAAAAAGAAAUGGAAGAAAAAGAAGAGCGGCUGGCCCAGCACCGAGCCAGUGCUCGUCAGCUGCAGCAGCUCCAGGCUACCUUCGAAUUCACCACCAGCGUGGCCAGACAAGAAAAGAAAGUGAGGAAAAGGGAGAAGGAGAUUCUGGAGUCCCAGGAGAAGCAUCAGAGAGAGGCUCUGGAGUGGGCAGAGGCCAAGCUGCAGCGCAGGCACCCAGCCCAGCAGCGGCACUCUGCCCUGGGCCCAGAGGGCGAGGAACAGAGGCGGAAGCUGGCCAUGCACAGCAGCAGUAGCAGCGAGCCGUCAGAGCUCCUGGCUAGCCUGGAAGCUGAGCAGGAGGCCCUAGAGAAGGACCAGGACAGAAUCAAUGCUUACAUUGAAGAGGAAGUCCAAAGACGUCUUCAGAAUUUGUAUCGUACAGUUGGUGAUUCUAGGAAUACGUCUACAGAUAUGACGAAGGAUAAUGAGAAACUUCACAAUGGCACCAUUCAACGUAAGCUAAAAUAUGAGCGGAUGGUUUCUCGCUCUUUGGGAGCAAAUCCGGACGACCUGAAGGACCCAAUUAAGAUUAGUAUUCCACGCUAUGUCCUCUGCGGGCAAGGGAAGGAUGCGCACUUCGAGUUUGAGGUUAAGAUUACUGUCCUAGAUGAGACGUGGACUGUAUUCAGGCGUUACAGUCGUUUUCGAGAAAUGCAUAAAACAUUGAAGUUAAAGUAUGCAGAGCUUGCUGCCCUUGAAUUCCCUCCAAAGAAAUUAUUUGGAAACAAAGAUGAACGUGUGAUUGCUGAGAGGCGAAGUCACUUAGAGGUAGAUGGGAGUGGAAGGACCAGAUCCCACAAGCCAUCUCCUGACUUCGGACCUGAACCAGAGGCCAUGAGGAACGUUGUAAACAAGGAGUGGAGGGAAAUACCUCAGGGACUUUUUCAGUGUGAUGCUGCAGUCGGCGACAUCCCCCCUGCACAUCAGCAAAGUGGGGCUGACCCUCUCGAAACACACCAUCUGUGAGUUCUCGCCGUUCUUCAAGAAAGGAGUCUUUGACUACAGCAGCUACGGGACGGGAUAGAGCUGGGGCGACAGGAGCCAUUGACGCGUGCCUUCUCGUGGAAGCAGGUCCGAGGCAGGAGCGGCCAGCCCGGAUACCUCGCAUCAUCCUUCCCAGUGCCUGAGUCCGGCGGUGCUCGACAGGUGGACUACGCCCCCUGCAGGUGAACGGGGCCUUCCUUCGCGCUUCUUCCUGUCACGCAGCGAGUCCCUCCAGGCACAGGGUGGAGAGUGAGUGCCUGCUGGCCUCCAGCCCCACACCGAGCCAACCUGGCCCCCCAGAGCGGGUGGCUCGCCAGACCACCCCUAAGUGACUUUCAUCUGGUUUGCUCCUUCACCAAAAUAGACUUUUCUUUUUUAUAUCCCUUCCAUAUGGCUGGCUAUAUUCCAAAAAAAGCAUUUUAAAUUAUUUCAUUAUGGUUUCUUUCUCUUUUUUUUUCAUUUGGAUCAUAACUUUUAUAUAAUACUGAAACACUGAUGUUUACACAGAAUGUCAUAUUCUGCAAAAGGGAUUGUUGGCCCAAUCAUGAUUAGAGUCUUCCAUGCCUGACAAAUUGGAUGUAGGCAACAUCACCACACAUAGGAGAUUGUGUAGCCUUGAAUAUGGGAGGUCACAGCCCCAAAUCUCAGCAGCUGCUGUGCGUUCUUGAGCUUUUUCUGCUAAGCACAAAACAAGCGCAAACCUGGAUGCAUAUUUUUAAACAUUGUUUUGUUCACAUUUUUAUUACACAAUCUACUGGAUCUUAAGCUAAAAAAGUAGAAUUUGCAGUUGAUUAUUAAUAAUCCCUUAAAUUACUCAGGACUUAAUGUAGCGUCACACAUCUGUGUACAGUCAAGCUGCUUUUUGUUUUACUAAAGAGAAAAAUGUGAGUAAAAAAAUAUAUAUGGUAUAUCUUGAAAUGUAUAUAAUUCUACCUAUAGAUUUAUAUAUGUACACACUCUUAUACAGUAGUUGUAUGGAACUGUAUACUUAUUCACACAAAAUUUAUUAAAUGUAUUUGCUUUUUUGGAUUUUAAAUUGAGCUGCUAUCAAUAUUAAAUGAAGUGAUAGAAUCUACCCUGUAGCUCAGUUUGUUUGUAACCUGAUCCGCUCCUACUGGUCUGUUUAAAAAUUGAUCUGCUGUGCUUGGAAAGACACAUAAUGUAUAAUGUAGCAUUUGUGUUGUAGAAGAUGCAGUAACAAUAAUGAGUGAAGGCACAAAUGAAUGGUUAACAGUCUUGGCGCAGUCUUUCAGACCAUACCUGCACAACAGAGCUCUCCUACCUCAGAAAUAUGUUUAAAGAUGCAAUUAUCUCUAUAAGGAGGAAAUUAUUAUUGCACUAAUUAAAUAUUAUAGUUUAGCAUGAAAAAAAGUGAGGACUUAUUUUCAUUGCUGCAAAAAGACUUGCUUCUAUCUGCACGCCUGAUUACAGACGUAGGGAGUGGAGGAAUAGUUACUACUAAGAAUUUAAAACUACAGAUGAGAGGAUAGAAGCUGGGGAGAUAGUUUUUAACCAUACAUUAUUUGUUAAAAGAAGUCCCAGCAUGAAAUACUGACCCUAAUUUGCUUGAUAGAUGUUUUCUUCACUGACCAGAUAAUCUGUCUCUACCCUUGAGGACAUGUAUUACCGAUGGCUCAUGGCAAACAUUAGGUUAAAAUCCCCCAGGGUACUGGGCAAGAAAAAUUGGGCGUGUAUUUGUAAGAAGUGUGGUAAUCAAAAGAUCCUUCUAUUCCAAUCUUAACCUUGAGUAAUUAGAGUUAAAUUUGAAGUGCAAGGACUAGCUGGCUCUGGUGACAGCCAACUAUGACAUAAAUGAGUCAUUUCACCCCUGUAGGUAUCUGUCUCCCCACCUAAAAUGAAGCUAUGGUGCUGGGUGACCCCUAGGUCCAUGCUGGCCCAUGUGACAGAGAAAAAAUAAACUCUGUCAGUAGGAUUGUCAUGUUCCUCUUGUGUAUCUGUGAAAUGCAUGCUUCUGGUCUGGCUUACAGGUAGCUGAAGCUGAAUAACAUGUGAAGGAAAGUUGAAAAGCAAAUGAUAAGUCACAUCUAAGCAAAUAGUGGAAAUCCUUUCUAGAAUAAGAUAGGUGACAGAGUUAGGACGACAACAUUGAAACUUUAUUAAUUUGGGCUAACUUAAAAGAGUAUAAGAAGGUUAGCAAGUUUGUUAUUACUGUACUUUCAAGUGCCUCAAAUACCAAAAUAUUACCAAGCUGAGCACCUCAGGUCAGAUUGACAAGCUCUGAUGGUUAAUCUUGAUUGUCAAUUUGAUUGGCUUGAAAGACACAUAGGAGAUUAAAGCACACUUCUGAGUAUUUCCAGGCAGCUCAUGGGAGCUUGACUGGUCACUCCACCUGACCCCGACCUCUCCUUCUCUGGCUGUCUUCCCCUGUGCUCUGCUUCCCAGCAACCAUAAAGUAAGCAGCAUUACUGCAGUAUGCACUUCUACCAUGAUGUCCUACCUUGAAGCCAGCUAACCAUGGACUGAAUUCCCAGAAACCACAAGCCAAAUUAAAGCUCUCCUCCUCUCA